AUGGCCAGCGGCAGGCAAGGCCCCUCGUCGACAGCUACACCGGCGUCGGCGGCGUUGGCGCGCGGCAGGGCCGCCGAGGAGCUUGGCAAGGGCGGCGUCGUCACCGCAGCAGCAGCGGCCCGCGCCAAGGCACUCCACCCGAGCCGCUCGCUUCCGGAUGUGUGCCCCAACGACUCUUCGGUGCCACGUGUGCAAGAUGGGUUGCGGGAGGCCCGGGACGGGCCGAGCGUGGUGACGGACCAGCACAAGUGGACGGUGUACCACUCGAAGGUGAACCUACCGGCGGCGCUCAACGACCCGCGGAGGGCCAAGCGCGAGUCCGACUUCUUCACCAAGACGUGGGGCCUCGAGUUCACCGAGGUGCCUGUCCAGCCGUCGCCCCACCUGCCGGAGGUGACGCGCGAGGACUUUGAGAAGUACCUGAGCAGCACCAGCAAGUGUUACGCAGUCCACCAGAAGUGCCAGGCUACAUGUCCGCAGAAGGACGAAGUGGAUCGGGUCCUUGAUGCUGUCAGUUGCACGCACGGCAAACAGCAAAGUGAUCUGGAACAAGUGCCUAAAAUGUUUCUGAAGCCAGACUUUGCCCUGGAGGAUCCGGCCACGUUCAACACGGUGCUGCCCUGGUCACAGUUUGGCGGCGCGCAGAAGCGCGUGGGCGCCAGGAACGCCCCAGCGGUGCCCGACGGAUUCUCUUCGCGCCUCCUGCAGGAGAAGCUGAGCCACUACCUGGACGUGGUGGAGGUGAACCUGGCGCGGCAGAUCUCGCUUCGCUCCGACGCCUUCUUCCAGGCAAUGGAGUCCCAGCGCGACGUGCAGGAGCACCUGCGGCGAGCGGCGCUCACAGUGCGCUCGCUGCGCUCCCUUGUGGGCCGCGUGGACACGGUGCUGGCGAGCGGCUCGCUGCGGGUGCUGCGCCUCGCGACGGCGCGACGCAACGCCGCGUUGCUGCACGGCAAGCUGAAGCUGAUGGCGGCCGUGCAGCAGACGCAGCCCACCGUGCAGCUGCUGCUGUCAACGGCCGAGUACAGCGGCGCCCUCGACCUCAUCGCCACCACGCAGGAGGUGCUGCAGCAGGAGCUGCAGGGGGUGCACAGCUUCCGGCACCUCGGCUCCCAGCUGUGCGAGCUGGAAAAGCUCAUCGACAAGAUGAUGGUGGAGGAGAUCUGCAGGUAUGCCGAGGUGGACCUCAACAGGACCCUACAGGAAGGGGAGGCCGUGCUGGAGGAGGAGCGGCUGGUGUCCCUCGUGUUUGGGUUGCUGCGUCAGCGGAGGUUGGACUUCCUGGACAUGUACAAUGACCGCAUCGUCAUGGCCGUGAGGAACAUCGUCAAGCAGACUGUGAUGGAAGCAAUUUCUCAAGUUGAUGAAAUUGACACUGAAAUCGUGACAAAGCUGGCAGAUCAAAUACGGUUGAUGAUCUUUCCUCUCUGGCUCGAACUCCUCCAGAAGGUCUUCUCGAACCUUCUCGUAUUUCUACGUCGGGUGAAGGCAACGCUGGGCGUGAUGCGGGACGUGGUGCACAUGGCGCUGGAGCGCGCUUACGAGAGGGCCCGCGAGCUGGAGGAGAGGACGCGGCCUCCUCCCCGCGGUCCAUCGCAGCGCAGCCACAACGCCGCCGAACGCUCGGACCUCCCCGUGCUGGAAUGCAGGCCGGGCGGCGAGCUCCCCAAUGUUGGCCAGCAGGAGGACGCUGCUGGCGGAGGUGACACGCCGUCGAGUGGCUCUGCGUCCGACACCGAGCAGACGACGGACUCCUCGGCCAGCUGUGACAAGGCCUUGGCUUCCUCGAAGGCUCACGAGGGCCUUCAGCUGCAGCUUUUGGGGGAGGAGCUGCGACUCAGCGUGCUGGAGUUGGAGCGAGUGUCCAGCAGCGUCCAGGAGCUGCUGCACAGCACCUCGGACUGCUGCCACGACCGCUGCGUCAAGUUCAUCAUGGCCAGGGCACGCCAGGACGGAUCGCUCGAGAGGCUGAGCCCCGCGGAGUUCGUGGCCCUCUCGCAGGCCGUGGAGGGGUUCGUGGCCGUAUCGGAGGAGAUCUCGGGCCGCAAGAGCACCUCACUGCGGGGGGCGUUGCAGAGCCAGGCGAGCCGCUUCGUGCAGCGCUUCCACGAGGAGCGGAGAACAAAAUUGAGCUUGCUGCUCGAUAACGAGCGAUGGAAGCAGGCGGAAGUCCCCGCGGAGUUUCAGCAGCUCGUCGACUCGAUGGCCGGAGGAGUGAUCGCGUUGUCGGAGAGAAAGCCCGCAGCAUCACAAAACAAGAAGCUGGCUGACUACCUCUUUGUGGACGGGCAGAAGUACACGGUGGUUAGCACCGUGCUGCUGUUGAUCCGCAUGGUGCUGGAGUACUGCCAGUGUGUGGAGGAUAUCCCGUCCGUCACCACGGACAUGCUGCCCAGGCUCACAGACCUCCUGAAGCACUUCAACUCUCGCAGCUGUCAGCUCGUGCUGGGCGCUGGGGCCUUGCAGGUGGUCGGCUUGAAGACCAUCACCACCAAAAACCUCGCGCUGGCAUCGCGCUGCCUGCAGCUCAUCCUGCAGUACAUCCCGCUCAUCCGCGCACACUUCGAGGCCCGCCUCCAGCCCAAGCAGUACAACAUGCUGCGACACUUUGACCACAUGACCAAGGAUUACAGCGACCACAUAGGGGAGAUUUCCGCCAAAUUGGUCGCGAUAAUGGACAGCAUGUGCGAGAAGCUGCUAUUCAGAUACGAGGUAAAGGCGCCCGUGCCGUCGGCGUGCUUCCGCAACGUGAGCAAGCAGAUGGCCAAGAUGCACGAGGCCGUGUGUGAGCUGCUGCCAAACGAGCAGGUGCAGUUGCUCUUCCUGCGGAUCAACGCCUGCUUCAAACAGCACCUCAAGGGGCAGCUGUCCCGUCUCGGCGUCGUGAGCGACGGGGGACCGCAGCACGGGCUGGUGACAUCCGACCUGGCGUUCUACGUGGGGAAUCUGCGUGGGCUGAAUGGCUUGGAGCAGCUGGACCUCAAUCUGACUGAGAUCUGGGAGCAGAAGAGGUGAUAUCUACCACCGCUCCCCCCCCCCUCCCCCAAGAGGAGAAUGCUUCCUGUCCCCCACCGCAGCCUCCCGCUCCCGCCACCCUGCUCCUCCCGCCCCAACCACGUGCGGAGCCGGCGUUUUGCCAAAAUAUCCACCGUCGGUGGCCGCGCGUUACCGUGACCGCUCAACCAUCGGCGACAACUCGGCAAUGGGCAACCGAGAACUCCCCCCCACCCCACCCCCAAUGGCUGAUGUGGAAGUGGGGUGCCGCGGAGCGAACAAUGGUGACCGCAGGAAGACUUCAACUCGACGACGAUUGUGACUCCUGUUGUGGCUGAAGGUGAAUUGCGAAGGCGUUGAGGAAAGCCGUGGCCUGGGGGGGGGGGGCGUACUUUGCCUCGUUGACACAAACUGUGUAAGAGCUGCGCUCAAUGCUGUAGGGGGGAUACUGUUGUCUUAUUUCUCUUGAUUUGUUGUUUUGAUAAAUAUGUAUGUAAAAAUGUGCAAUUUGAACCCCCCCCCCCCUCCCCAUGAGAGACUGGGAAUAAAAAAAUUAGGGAGUAAACGGAACGGGGGUACAAAGUUUGGUGCGAUUAACGGUCGGCCGACCUGUGCCGCGCUCCACAGGGUGAGGGUGCCAUCUCUCUGCAGGGCACGACGCGAUCGCGCUGUUGCUUCCAAGCGGCGAGUCUUGUUUUAGAUACUCGUGGCUUGCAAUCGCCAGAUUUGCAAACCUGCCCCGAUGAUUUGGGUCCCCCCAAUACGGUAGCCACGUACCAACUCGCCACCACGGCAUUUCGAUGAAUUACAGUUUGCACGAUCUCAUUUUGUACACGUAACAUAUACCAGCCCCUACGGUUCGUUGUGGGUUUCUUGACCGUGCUUCACCGUGCCGGUCAGUACGAGUUUGGCCUUAGGCGGGGGAGCAGACACGCGGGCGUAGAAGUGCUAUGAAGUACAAUGAACGUCGCUGCACUGCCCUCUGCUCACCAUCGCAUAGCCCUCGAGCUGCCUACGUUAACCUGGCACGCACGGUGGUCACCCAUACAAGCGGUAUCCAGGCUCAAGUCUGCUUAACAUCUUUAGUUGUGGCAAGAUCGAGCGCGUUCCGGGUGAUUUGGUCAUUGGCCCGUCUUGUUCUUAUUCGUUCGGUCACAUUCUGCUCGCGAAAAUUUACAAAGUAGCACGUCAUUUGCACCGGCUUUAAACGAUCGAUUCCGAAGGCGCAGAAUCCGAUGGGUUCGUCGCGAGGGAGCGUAAGAAUAGCCUUUCAAAUCGACGUACUGAUAACUAGUUUCACGCCUACCACGUUGGCUCGGCGUGGAUGAGGUGCGUCUUCAACAAAAUGCUCACUUGGAUCUCCAUUUCAGGGGGGGGGGGGGGCCCAGGAAUUAUCGCUAGCUUUGAGAGUAACGCGGGAAGGGGGGGCGAGCGUUUUGUACGGAGGGGGGGGGGGCAUGACAGCUCGCAACUCUCGGCUGCCGUUGUUUACAUAGCAUGGUGGUGCACGCGGCGCAGUGUGGUCGUGGCAUUGGGGGAGGUGGGGGGGGGGCUAUUUUCCCGGUGUUUCACUGAAAGGGUAUUUGGCUGUUAUGAUUUCCGACGUGUUAAUCCACUGCUCGUAUUUGUGGCCGGGCCGCUUCCUGAAAAAAAGAGCCGUUUCACUCUGAGGGCCUUUCUUGGUAGAAUAACACAAGUUGUUUAAUAGUUUAGUUUAGUUUUAACUUGGCCCUGGCAUGGCCGUGUGUAAUACUGCGGGGUUUUGCAGUCGUGGGAAACGCGACAUCCCGCACGUCACACCCCCCCCACCCUCCUGCUGGUUUCUCAGGCUACCGUUUGUCUUUAAGAAUGUGUGCCGAGGGGAUGACUGCGAUUAGACCAGGGUCUAUUAUGUGUACAUAAAUAUGUAGGUAUACAAUAUAUCUGAGGUAAAUACGUGAAUAAAUAAACCGAGUCGAGGCACUGUCUAGUACUACCUGCAUUAACGCGUGUCUUGGUUCCUGCUCCUCUGCAGGUUGUAAAUUAUAAUGGUAAAUUAACUGCAGUGACAAUGCAAAUUUACUUACAAAUUACAUGUAAAUUACGCAAGAGGCUGUGGUAUAAACGAUGUAGGCAUUACAAGGCAUGACUUUGACAAACUUUUUUUUAAUCAUACUUUCCAUGGCGACACACCUAUGUAUAGUUUUGCAUAACGAGUUACGUACUUCUGUCCAAGUUUAGCGUCGGUAAAUAUGUUGUCCAAGAGCUGGACACAGACGGCGGCAGGCCUGUACGGGGUUGCAUUUCAAAUUUGUUUAAUUUGAUAGGCCUUGGGAUUUUCGUGUUCUCACCUGGAAGAUGUAAAGGUAUCAUUGUUUUUUCUCUAACGUAAAUGGCUGUGUGGUGUAUGCACUUUAGUGGAGGGGUGGUGUCACUUCGGACAGUCACCUUGAC